AUGCGAAGUCGUCCUGAUGUCAUUAGUGUUGAUCUUAUUUACAGGUGGAUUUUGCACUGCAAAGACCACUUUUCAAAGUUCACAUGGGCUUUUGCAUUGAAAGCAAAAUCCGCAGUAGUUGUUCUUCAUUUACGAAAGAUUGUUUUUUCAUUUGGACCUUGUCGUAUACUACAUAGCGAUAACGGCAAAGAAUUCAUUAACAGACUUGUCGUUGAUUUAAAACAUCUUUUUCCGGGUAUGUUGAUUGUUCAUGGGCGUCCGCGUAAUCCAAAGUGCCAAGGUUCAAUAGAGCGUGCCAAUGCAAUUUUAUGUUCAGCUAUUGGAAAAUGGAUGUCAUGCACAAAGUCAAAUCAUUGGUCAGAUUCAUUAUUACCUGUAGUUUAUGAUAUUAAUACCAGAGAGUCUUGUGGUAUAAAAUGUACGCCUUAUCAGAUUAUGUUUGGACAACAUUCCCGUUCAAACUGUUUAUUUUGGGACAGUCAGAUUGAUGGUGCUGUUGAACAUGAUGAUCUUCUAAAAGAGGUUCCUGGUUUGUUACAGGAUGAUGAUAAUGAAGUUGUUGUUCAUGAUGAACACAAUGAUGUGAAGGAUCCACAAUUGGCUGUUGUUAUGAAUAAGUUCGAUGUGACUACUGAUAGUUCAGAAGCUGAUGAAAAAAAUUCAAAUUUUGUCGUUGAUACUGCUCCGAAUACUUCUUUUAAUAAUACAGUUGCCAUUUCAGACUCAGUUGCUAAUUCAACAUUUUUUACAAGUGAAUCCGACGAAGGUGCUAGUCUUGUUGAUAUGCAAUCUGUUGUUCCUGUUGAAUUGCGUUCAUUGGAUGAGACGUUAUUAGAAGAAAUAACAUUUAUUCAAGCUUGCAGAUAUCUAUCUCGUAAUGCAGUGAAUAAUGCUACGUGUGAUUGUAAAACUAAAUGUUCGACUACCCACUGA